AUGUUUUUACUCACACUCGUACUCACCUGGUAUGAGUACAAUUGUUUCAACUGUGAACCUUAUGUAGAAGGAAUGGAUUGCGACUAUCGCUUCGGUCGAUGGAUAAUACGUGCUGGUUUUACAGACACUGGAAACUGUACUUCUGACAGAUGUUGUUGCGACUGUCAGAUAACUGAAAUUACAGACCCACCUCCCCCAAGAACUCCAACACCAACACUCAAGUUACCAGAGUCUCAUGUGAAGAAGAAGCCUUCUGGUAAGUUUCUUAUAGCCAUCUAUAUGGCACGUUUAGAGUAA